CCCUACCCUCCACAGGCCAAGGCUGGUGACAGCCUCCAUAUAUUUAAAGAGGAUAAGAGCCCCCCUUACUUAGUUGGGCCGACGCAGACCACACAGGAGGACUUUCCUGUGAUCAGAGAGUCUUCAGGAUGCCAAACUGGGGUGGAGGUGCAAAAUGUGGAGCUUGUGAAAAGACUGUGUACCACGCGGAAGAAAUCCAGUGCAAUGGAAGGAGUUUCCACAAGACCUGCUUCCAGUGCAUGGCCUGCAGGAAGGCUCUCGACAGCACCACAGUCGCAGCCCAUGAGUCAGAGAUCUACUGUAAAGUCUGCUACGGACGCAAGUACGGACCCAAGGGGGUUGGAUUCGGACAAGGCGCCGGCUGCCUCAGCACCGACACAGGCGAGCACCUCGGCCUCCAGUUCCAACAAUCCCCAAAGACAGCACGCUCAGCUACCACCAGCAACCCUUCCAAGUUCACUGCCAAGUUUGGGGAGUCAGAGAAGUGUCCUCGAUGUGGGAAGUCAGUCUAUGCUGCUGAGAAGGUCAUGGGAGGUGGCAAGCCUUGGCACAAGACCUGCUUUCGCUGUGCCAUCUGUGGGAAGAGUUUAGAGUCCACAAAUGUCACCGACAAAGAUGGAGAACUUUAUUGCAAAGUUUGCUAUGCCAAAAAUUUUGGCCCUACAGGCAUUGGGUUCGGAGGCCUUACACAACAAGUAGAAAAGAAGGAAUGA